CAGCCCAAACACAUUACACACUGUCACUCGCCAUGGCCGAGUCGGUAGCUUCCGUUAGUCCAUUCGGUAGUUCAGGUCAGCUCCUACUCGCUGGAGGACAGCCUCACCGGACGCCACCACUGCCCGAUUGGGCAAAGGAACGUUACCAGUCCGAUAUCGUCUUGAUUCUUGGGCCCAAUCAUCGUCUGUCGCGACUGCGAUGUGCAUCGUCAGCCCUACGGUGGCGCUCUUGGAGGCCUGAAUAUGAGUGGUCUGCUAUCGGUUUGUAUGUACAUUAACCUAUCUGUUUCUGAUAACUUGAGUCUGUUUCAUCGAUUUUCGAUUCGACUUGAAUUUUGCGGUAACUCAGCUACCUACUACCUAUACCCUUACCCAUCCACGUCGGCCGCCUCCUCCCUUUCUUCCACCAUGGCCUAUACCGGCUUCUCAAAGCUCCAGCCGUCGCCAGUUGCCAUGGACCGCCAUCGUUUCUCCCGGCUCGAGCUGGCACUCAUAACACCGUUGCUGGCUUUGACGACAGCUGUCGAGAUAUACGCAGCCGUCUACAUGGCGCAACACCGUAAGGAAGCCGUCCAGCCACUUGCCGUUGUGGCAUUAUCCUGCGCCAGUCUAGUGCUGCUCUCGGCCGGUUGCGUUAUAUCUCUGCGAUUAUCACGGCAUCGGCCAGAAGACCCGAGCCGUCGCGGCGACGUCGAAUCCGCCCCCGGAGCCCGGCGGCUGCAGAUAUCCGCCCCGAUCCCGAUUACCACCCCCCCGCCAAUGAAGCAGACGACGUUUGAUUCCAAAGGCGUCUACACCGUCGUGCCCGGUGGCUACAGGCAUCCCCAUCCACAGCCACAUCUCAGCGUGGCCGACAAGCUUUGCCUUGCGCUAUUCAAGCGAACCCCCAAGCGCGGCCGCGGCUCGACAUUCACAUCAGAAGAUGACGGCCAGGCUCUGCUCUCCAGCGGGAGCGAGCGCUCCUCGGCCGACAUGAGCGAAGAAACAGCUAGCGAAGGGGGUGAGGGGCCAGGGGGUCUGUGGAACUCUGUCUUUGAGCUGGCCGCCGGCGACGCCCACAGCAAGCUCGAUCAGCGGCGGCGCCGGUCUGGGUUUUGGCACAGUGCUACUCCCCCCCAACGGCAGCCACGACACGAGGCAGAGUCCGAGGGUGCCCCCAGGCCGGUAGAUAGGUUGUGCGACGUGACGAUCGUUCUCACGAGGCCCGACGCCACGGCAGCUCCCUCUGCCCCAUCAUCCAACCUCAAACCCGCUCGUCCCGCGAUGCAGGACCCGCUGCGAUCCCAUCCGGUACAGAUUCUCAGAGUCAGCAGAGACCCCAGCGUGCGACAGACACGAAGCACCCAGACCCUGGCAUCACCGGCUGUGCAAAAGAACCGAGAAACCGCCGCCGCCUCAUAUUUGGCUAACAACAACACCCCGCGCCGGCCGCGAUCCGCCGAGCCCGGCCCCGACCGGUCCCGGCUCGGCUACGACCUGGCGACGCUCCAACUGUAUCUCGACCGGACGGCAUCCGACCUCAACAGGACAGGCUGGAUGGUUUCGGCAGCGGCAAAAACACAGGACAGAGCUUCGCGGACGGCUGCUACCACCACCACUCCAGCGGGGGGAGCUCCUCGGGCGGCCCUUCGGCGGUCGCGAAGCCCCAGCCCCACCGGGUCCGAGUCCGAGUCCGGGAUACAAAGGCCAACAGACCUCAGGGCUGAGUACCGCGACGGGGUGCGGGAGGAGGCGGCGCCGGGCAGAAAGGAAGAAGCAUCGAAGAGGUUAGAUGGAUGCUCUACUGCUGGGGAGCGAUGGAAGUGAUACCCCUUUUAUGGACAUGAUUGACACGCUGCUAUGAUUUUUUAUCUCAUGAUUUUUAUGAUCUAACUACGUACCUAUUU